GCCUGGCAUAACGGUUCCUAAGCAGGAUUUGUUGACGUUAGCUGUACACACAUUUAAACAGCAAACAAAAGUAUGUAUUAAAAUUCUCUCGACAUCAUUCGAUAAGAUUAAACAAAAAAAUAAUUCAGCCUUUUUCAACCCAUUGCAGGCUGCUCGGGUUUAAAACUCACGAACCCUUCAAAAUGAGCGAACAGCUCAAAUUGAUCGUUGAACAGCUCAACAGAGAGCCGUUUAAGAAAAACUUCAAUCUCAUUACCUUCGACUCACUCGAGCCAAUGCAGUUACUGCAGACUUUAAAUGAUGUUCUGGCCGAAAUCGAUCCAAAGCAAGCAAUUGAUAUACGUGAGGAAAUGCCUGAACAGACAGCCAAGAGAAUGUUCACUCUUUUGGGGAUGAUGAAAUACAAACCUCCUGGAGGCAUUUCUGAAGUAAGCAGUUUUCGUCAAGGUUUAGUGAUUGGCAGUAAGCCCGUGGUGCACCCCAUACUGCACUGGCUGUUACAGAGGAUUCCAGAGCUGAAGAAGAGGGCAUACCUAGCCCGAUUUCUCGCCAAACUAGAGGUGCCUGCUGAGUUUCUGCAGGAUGAUGUUAUUGCUGAGACCUACCACCAGUAUGAGGAGCUGGUUGAGGGAUUCAAAAACAUCCACAAAGAGUGUGAACAGCUAAAGAGCUCAGGUUUCUCCACAGCUGAGAUUCGACGGGACAUUGUGGUAAUGGAAGAAGAGAAGGACCAACUCAUUAAAAGAGUGGAUCGUCUUAGAAAGAGGGUGGAGGCAGUGUCAAACCACCAACGCAUGCUUGAACUGGCCAGACAGUUAAGAGUGGAAAAAGAACGAGAAGAAUCUCUCACUCAUCAGAAACAGGAGCAGAAGAACCAGCUCUUCCAGGCUGAGCAGAGACUGCAGAGAUCUCUGAUCCAGCUCAAAGACUUGCAGCAGGCAGCCGCAGAUGCAAAGCCAGAGAGCCUCAUGAAGAGACUUGAGGAGGACAUCAAGUUCAACACUUACAUGGUGUCUGAGAAAUUGCCCAGAGAGCUGGAGAACAUGACAAAGGUGGUGCAGUACCUACAGAGGGUGGCAUCUGUGCCAGCCAUGGGCCAAGCAGAACUGAGGGAGCUAGAGGACAAGAUCAGAGAAACCAACACAGAGAUCAACCAGUUGAUCGAGAAAAGAAUGAUGCAGAACGACCCGAUGGAUGAUAAACUCUCUCUGUUUAGACAGCAGGCCGCUAUUAUAGUCCGUAAGAAGGAAACCAAGGUGGAGGAGUUGCAGGAGGCCCGUGAGGAGCUGGCAGCUAUAGAGAGAGAACUGAACAUGAAGAGCAGUCAGACACGAGAGCGGGGCGGAAUGGAGCUGAUCCGGGGUGAUGAGUUUAAGCGGUAUGUGGCCAAGAUGCGUGGCAAGAGCAGCACGUAUAAGAAGAAACGUCAGGAAAUGUUUGAACUGAAGAUGGAGUAUGGUGUUCUCCAAAGAACUGAAGAGAUCCUGAAAGAACAACACACAGCUGGACAACAGCAGCUGCAAUCUCUUGAGGCUCAGCAGGGAAUCUCGGGCUACAGUGAUACUCAGGAAGAGCUGGAGAGAGUUUCAACUAUCAAGAGCGAACUGGAUGAGAUGAAGGGACGAACGCUGGACGACAUGUCUGAAAUGGUAAAGAAGCUGAAUUCAAUGAUAGCAGAGAAGAAGUCUGCUCUUUCUCCACUGAUAAAGGACCUUAGAGCUCUGAGACAGGAGUAUGCGGAGCUGGCUCCAAUGUAUGAGCAAAAAAAGGCUCAGUAUGACACCUGUGCCGCUGGACUGGAGAGCAACAGAUCAAAGCUAGAACAGGAAGUGAGGACACUCAGGGAGAAGACAACACAGGAAGAAAGCCGAUAUCAUUACAUUAAUUGCAUGAGAGAGAUCAUCGAGAGCCAGAUGCAGAGGGCAGCAGAUCAGAGUAAGAUCAGUCAGUCAGCAGACUUACAAGUGCGGAGGACAGCUCUCAGAGAAAAGUACAUUGCAUACACAGCAGAGCAGGAGUCCUUAGGCAAGGUUCUACGUCAGCAAGUGAAGCAGGUGCGAGAUAACCAGGAGCCGAAUAUGAGACAGAUGAAGAUGUGGAAGGAUCUGGAGAAGCUGUUGGAGUGUAAGAAACAGUGCUACCUCAAGGCUCAGAGCCAAGCACCUAUCGGGCACGUCAUCCAGGACGUUGGCAAGGAUAUGCUGGUUCUGUGAUGCCAUUUCCCUUUUAAAAGUGGUUUAAUAGCACUCUUCCAUUUCAGUUGCUUGUGUGUGUGUUUGUCUUUCACUGUUAUUACAGCAGUCAUUUGGCAUUCCUUCUCGAUAUUACUUUCUUCACUUCCUCUUAAUUUGUUGUAUGAAAUGUAAAUGUUUGCUCUGUUAAAAGACCUACAUAAUUGCAAUUUUUGGGAGUAAUUUUUAGAUAUGAUAUUAUUUGUUCUGGGGUUGUGAGCAAGAGAACAGAUAUGCUGAGUGUUAUCUGGAUUAAAAGGUUCAAAUUCUCAGACCCACCAGCUUCGAACAAGUCUCUAGUCUCGCUUCUGACACGUCUUUAAGAAUAGAGCCCCAGUCUUUGUGUCCAAAGAUAACACCCUACAAAUUGUUUCACUUUGGAUGCACCCGCUAGAAGUUAUUUUGGGAAACAACAGCCAUGACCUUGGGCAGAAGAGCUGUCCAAUUUUGGAAUUCAGCUGGAUCUCCUUUUUGUUUCCAUCAGUGAAGGGCUAAAGUAGCCUAAUAAACAGACUGACCAGUCCUUCAUAAGGUUUGACAUCAACAUAAAUGUUAGACAUUCCCAAACGGUUUUAUUACUAAAUGUUUCUUUGGAUAAUAUGACUUUGCACAAGCAAGAUGACAGUCAGGCCUAAGGUUUAGUUUUGCUUAUUCCUCUGUUUUCAUGUUUAAAAAGUAUAUAUAGUUAUCAAUUAAAUGUGUAAAUACUGUGUGUGUGUGUGUAUGUGUAUAUAUAUAUAUAUAUAUAUAUAUAUAUAUAUAUAAUUAGCUUCUGAUAGGAGGUGUACUGAAUUGGAGGUGUACCUGUGGAUGUGUUUUAAGGCAUACCUUCAAACUCAGUGCCUCUUUGCAUGACAUCAUGGGAAAAUCAAAAGAAAUCAGCCAAAACCUCAGGAAACAAAAUUGUGGACCUCCACAAGUCUGGUUCAUCCUUGGGAGCAAUUUGCAAACACCUGAAGGUUACCACGUUCAUCUGUACAAACAAUAGUACGCAAGUAUAAACACCAUGGGACCAUGCAGCCAUCAUACCGCUAAGGAAGGAGAUGCAUUCUGUCUCAUAGAGAUGAACGUAGUUUGGUGCAAAAAGUGCAAAUCAAUCCCAUAAUAGCAAAGGACCUUGUGAAGAUGCUGGAGGAAACAGGUAGACAAGUAUCUAUAUCUCAGUAAAAUGAGUCCUACAGUAUAUUGACAUAAGCUGAAAGGCUGCUCAGCAAGGAAGAAGCCACUGCUCUAAAACUGCCAUAAAAAAGCCAGACUACAGUUGCAAGUACACAUGGGGACAAAGAUCUUACUUUUUGGAGAAAUGUUCUCUGGUCUAAUGAAACAAAAAUGUAACUGUUUGGCCAUAGUGACCAUCGUUAUGUUUGGAGGAAAAAGGGUGAGGCUUGCAAGCUGAAGAACACCAUCCCAACCGUGAAGCAUGUGGGUGGCAGCAUCAUGUUGUGGGGGUGCUUUGCUGCAGGAGGGGCUGGUGCACUUCACAAAAUAGAUGGCAUCAUGAGGAAGGAAAAUUAUGUGGAUAUAUUGAAGCAACAUCUCAAGACAUCAGCCAUGAAGUUAAAGCUCAGUCACAAAUAGGACUUCCAAAUGGACAAUGACCCCAAGCAUACCUCCACAAUUGUGGCAAAAUGGCUUAAGGACAACAAAGUCAAGGUAUUGGAGUGGCCAUCACAAAGCCCUGACCUCAAUCUGAUAGAAAAUUUGUGGGCAGAACUGAAAAAGCGUGUGCGAGCAAGGAGGCCUACAAACCUGACUCGGUUACACCAGUUCUGUCUGGAGGAAUGGGCCAAAAUUCAAGCAACUUAUUGUGAGAAGCUUGUGGAAGGCUACCCAAAACGUUUGACCCAAGUUAAACAAUAUAAAGGCAAUGAUACCAAAUACUAACAAAGUGUAUGUAAACAUCUGAUCCACUGGGAAUGUGAUGAAAGAAAUAAAAUCUUAAAUAAAUCAUUCUCUCUACUAUUAUUCUGACAUUUCACAUUCUUAAAAUAAAAUAGUGAUCCUAACUGACCUAAGUCAGGGAAAGUUUUCUAUGAUUAAAAGUAAGGAAUUGUGAAAAACUGAGUUUAAAUGUAUUUGGCUAAGGUGUAUGUAAACUUCUGACUUCAGCUGUGUACACACACACAUACACCCACACCCACACACACACACACACUGCCGGUCAAAAGUUUGCAAUA